AUGUUGACUGAAGUUAUAAAACAUUUAAAACCGAGUGACAAUGAGUUAUACAUAGAUAUGACAUUUGGUGCUGGAGGCCAUUCCAGAAGGAUUCUAGACUCGGCUAAUUGUAAAUUGAUAACUUUAGAUCGAGAUCCAAUAGCUUAUGAAAAGGCAAAAAAAUUUGCAGAAGAAUAUCCUAAUAGAGUGACACCACUGCUUGGAAAGUUUAGUGAAUUGCCAAAUCUUUUACAUAAUAUUGGUGUAACACAGUCUUCUAUAGAUGGUAUAUUAUUUGAUUUUGGCUGCUCUUCAAUGCAGUUAGAUAAUGGGGAAAGAGGAUUUUCAGUUAGCAAAAAUGGCUAUCUUGACAUGAGAAUGGAUGCUGGACAUGAUCCAAAUCAAAUAACAGCCAGAGAAGUACUCGCAACUGCUACUGAGGAUGAACUUUAUAAGAUCUUCAAAAUUUAUGGUGAGGAGAAAAAAGCAGCAAAGAUUGCACAAACAAUUAUUCAAGCUAGAUACAUGAUUAAAAACAUAGAUACAACCCAUGAAUUAGUAGACAUUGUUGACUCUUGUUGUCCUGACGAGUUCAGAUUAGAUAAACUCCAAAGACCACAAUCCAAUGCAACUAAAGUAUUUCAAGCUCUACGAAUAUUUGUAAAUAAUGAACUUAAUGAACUAAACUAUGGUAUGGUGUUAGCAAAAUAUUAUUUAAAAUUAAAUGGUCGCCUUGUAACAGUUUGCUUUCAUUCUCUAGAAGACACAAUUGUGAAGCGUCAUAUUGCAGGGAAUAUUGUGAAUGAAACUGCGAAUCCAGUUCCUCUUAGGUAUCUUAGUCCAAUGCUGGUACAAGAUCAGGAAACGAUAAACCAGUUUCUGGAUACUCCAUGGAAAGCUAUCAAUAAGCAUGUUGAAGUUCCAACUGAUGAAGAAGUGGAUAUGAAUCCUAGAAGUCGGAGCGCUCGAUUAAGAGCUGCCAUUAAAGUAAAA